GGAAUGACUAACUACCAUAGACAGAACUUUUCAUAUGCAAAAUCGCUCUAAAAUUUAAACCGAGUGAAUUACAUUUGAAGAACCAGAGUUUGGUUACUUUCGGUGUAGCAGUCCUCCUAAAACACUCUCCAAAUCCGAAAAUCGAGCUCCGAAAUAGUAAGCACUUUGCAAUCUGACAGUCGCCCCGGAUUAGGGUUUCGACGAGGAACUCGAAGGCAGAAAGACAGCAAUGGCUCGGAAUGAAGAGAAGGCUCAGUCUAUGCUUAAUCGUUUCAUCACUUUGAAAGCCGAGGAGAAGAAGAAGCCGAAGGAGCGUCGUCCGUUCUUGGCUUCAGAAUGCCGAGACUUAGCCGAGGCCGAUAAGUGGCGCCAGCAGAUCAUGCGCGAGAUCGGUCGCAAGGUUGCUGAGAUUCAGAACGAGGGCCUCGGCGAGCAUCGCCUCCGGGACCUCAAUGACGAAAUUAACAAGCUUAUACGAGAGAAGUCCCACUGGGAGCGCCGUAUCGUGGAGCUCGGUGGCCCCAAUUACGCUAAGCACUCCGCCAAGAUGACUGACCUAGACGGCAAUAUUGUGGACGUUCCAAACCCUAGCGGCCGUGGCCCUGGCUACCGGUAUUUUGGCGCGGCAAAGAAGUUACCGGGGGUUCGGGAGCUGUUCGAGAAGCCGCCGGAGCUGCGGAAGCGGCGGACGAGGUACGACAUUUACAAGAGAAUUGAUGCGAGCUAUUAUGGGUAUAGAGACGAUGAGGAUGGGGUUCUGGAGAGGGUGGAGGUGCCUGCGGAGGAUAAAAUGAGGGCAGAGGCGGUGGCAGACUGGCGGAGGAUGGAAGAGAUAAGGAAGGAAGCAAAGAGGUCAGUGAAGAGCGGCGAAGUGGUGAUAGUGGCGAAGGAGGUGUUGUUUGAGGAGGAGGAGGAUGUGGUGGAGGAAGAAAGGAGAAGUGAGAGAGAGAGGGAAUUGCGGGAGAGGAGUGAGAAGGAAAAGGAGUUUGUGGUACACGUGCCUUUGCCCGAUGACAGAGAGAUUGAGAGAAUGGUGGUGGAGAAGAAGAAGAUGGAGCUGUUGAGGAAGUAUACUAGUGAGGGACUUUUGGAGGAGCAGAGCGAGGCCAAGCAGAUGCUCAACAUACAGCGUUAGGUUUGGACCCCAGACUCCACAUAAAGAUGAGCAGUACAGUAAAAUCUAUGACCCGUCUAUGGACCCAAUAGUCAAUCCACAAAAUAAGCAUUGUUUAAGAGAGCGGAAUUACUGGAUGGAUUGUCAAGAAAAAGGUUGCACAAAGUCGCGUGAUCAUUCACUUUCUUUUGGCUUUUGCAUCCAGUGUCAUAGAUUUCUUGAUACAAAUGGUGCUCCAGUAUGCUGGUAGUCAUUUUAUUAGGAAUUUUACAUCGGUAGCUAAACUCAUGGUUUGAUAGUCGAAAUUCUUGUUAACUAAUUUCCCUUCAUUUUGUGCUAAUAUGAUGAAAGAAAUUAUUAUUUGAAGUUGUUCAUUGAUAGAGAUAUCUGUGCUUUUUUCAACUUAGAUUAUAAGAUUAGUUUGUAAGUAGAAUGAAAUUUUAAACAUAGAUGUUUGUAGCAUAAAUUUAAAGUGUGGUUCAGCAAUCAAAUCAUUUCUGGUUGUGUCUA